AUGUCUGAUUCUGAAGUCAAACCUGAGUUUUCGAGUCUCCUGUUAGUUUCCAGUGCACGGUCUACUACAUUGCCAAUUAAGGCGCCAACACCAGUUUUCCCGCCGAGCCAAUUUGUCGAUACUAUAAGGGAUAGAAGGGUGGCAUUAUGUCCCAGUAGCUGUUUUCUAUUAUACAGCUUAAACUCUGCUAAACUGACUUUUGACACCAGCCAAACAAGUGAAGUACCAUUCGAAUUGUUUAAAGAAUGUUAUCAUAAGAACAAGUCAAGAUUUGAUCUCAGCAAGUAUUUUGAAGUUGAUAAGAUGGACGUACCUUUAGAUCAAGAGCUUACUUUUGAAGGUACCACCAUCAGCGAAACUUCUAAGGAAGAGGUAUCUGUCUUGCCGCUGAUCCUGAAAUAUCAUAGGACUACAGCAAAUUUAAACACUGAAAAACACCUAAUGGCACAUCUGACCAAAUUGAAAGCCUUGUUUAAAAGGUUUGUUGAUCGAAAAGUGUCUAACCUUUAUAUCAAUUGGCUCAAGCUGAUAGAAUCAUACGUGGAACUCGUGUUUCGAGACCUGCUAGUUAAGUGGUGUCAGUGGUUACAUACGGUAAGGGCAAUGGGUCAUCGUCGUAGCGUGCAAACUGUGCUACGCAUGUGGUUAAAUCGUCUUUGUAAACAGUUUUGGUCCAGGUACUUUGUAUUUGAAAAUGGGCAGAAAAAUUCGGUAAACGACAUGGGACGUCGUUUGAUUCGGUUUGCACAGGCAAGUGAAUGGAACUUAGAUGGUACAAGUGCAAGCUAUGGAGUUUGGAUAGAUUCCAAAAAUGGUAUAAUUCUUUUUGCAAGUGGGUUAGUCUUUGAGCAAGUACAGGUUUGUCCCAUGUAUGGAACGUGUAUUGACCAAAUUGCACCAGAGGCAAUUACUACGAAGUUGCUAUUUUAUGUAAACGUAGCAAUUAUUGAGUGUUUUGUGAAUGAAAUAUCAUGA